UUGUUUGAAAAGUUUCUGUUUGUCUCAAACCAGAGACCGAGCGGGUUAUUCGAAAAGUCAGGGUGGGACCUUACAUUCUUGCUGUUCUAUGUCGCUUUCUUCACUGCUGCCCGUGCAAUUGCGAUCAACCACAUCCUCAUCCCAUAUGCAAUCCGUAAGAAUGUACCUCGAAACAAGCAUGAACGGUUUGCAGAACAAAUCUGGUCUUUUGUGUAUUAUAGUAUAAGCUUUACUUUUGGAAUGUGUGUUAUGUAUGGAUCUCCUUGGUGGUUUGAUUCGUCCUACUUCUGGCGCUUCUACCCUGUUACAGAAUCAUCGAUGGCUCUCAAAUACUAUUAUCUAUUGCAAUUUGCAUUUUGGGUUCAGCAGAUCUUUGUCCUUCAAAUCGAGGCGCCGCGUAAAGACUAUCGAGAGUUGGUCGCUCACCACAUUGCGACCAUUAUUUUGAUUGGGUUCAGUUACCUUUUUAACUUUUUACGCAUUGGAAACGCUGUAUUUGUGUGUAUGGAUCUUCCGGAUGCUCUACUUGCAUUGGCAAAGGCAUUGAACUAUGUUUCUCCCGGCCCAUUGUGCAAUGGAACAUUUGUAUUGAUGUUGAUCUCUUGGAUGUACACUCGUGUCUAUGUCUACGGAUACAUCGUUCUCUCGACCCUCAUCGAACCAGAUCUGUAUGUCGCAGAAUUCAAACUUGAUCCACUCCAGGGCCACUUUUAUCCCUACAUCCUCAAGUACCUCAUGUUCCUCACCAUGGCCUUUCUGUACGCUCUCAUUCUGUUCUGGACUGCCAUGAUCUUCAAGGUUCUCUACAAGAUGGCAUUCUCAACCGAAGUUCGAGAUGUUCGCUCGGAUGAUGAAGGUGAAGGUGAAGAU